CGCCGGUUAGAUGAUCGUAGUAGGUCACUCGUCAGAAAAAGGCCGAACAUUUCAAUACUUUUUUCUAAACAAACUUUGACCUUAAAAAUGUCAUCCAUCAACGAAUCCAUCAUCGAACUCAUGUACUUGACAUCUAAAAUUGGCAACCCCGGUGACAGGGUUCGCGUAACUGAAUGGAUUAAAAAACUGUCGGAAACCGCCACCGAACCGGACGUCCAUCCGAAUCUAGUGGAAGAAUAUCUGGACUAUCUGAAACUGUUACUCUCUUCAUCGCCCAUCUAUUUUGUAGACCCUUUCAAAAGCUACCCACCGAAGCAGCAACGUUUGGUUCCACUGGCAGAGUCACUGGGAAAUUCGCUGGCCAACGGAUGUCCGUAUUUGCCCAGAAGUGGACCGGUGAAACCGAUUCUGCUGCACCGUUCCGAUGACGACACGGCGGUAAUUUCCGUUCAUCAGAACCAGCAAGGUGAGGUCAUGUGCUACAUGGCAGUUACUCCUAGGACUUAGUUUCUACUUUUAAAAUAAAUUAUGAAUAUUCUUGGCAUUGUAAACGUUUUAUUUAACGGUAUCGGUUUAUCUUCUAAAACACAAUGAAAUUAUUUUUGCAUACCACCAAAUAAAGUACAAGAAA